AUGUCUGCAGAGACCUCUGAACGUGAACGGGACACAUUGCAAUCCGGUGAUUAUGUUUUAAUGCGAAAAUUGACCGGAGUUAAACCAACUCUUGCCCGUCUUAGAAAAGGAGCCACGAUCACCGUUGAUAACUUGACUUUCAAAGCAGACCCGGUGCUCGGGAAGAAGUUUGGAGUGUAUACCGCUCAAAAUGGACUACUUGGACCGGAGCCAACAGAUGUGGCGAAAGGUAGGAGGUUUUCUACAUUGUACUUGGUGUUUAGGUGCGAGGCCGGCGAAUUUUGAUCGAAAAUUUGUUGUUUGAUAGUGUGAUGGGUUUAUAGAACUACUGGCAAGGAAGAACGUGGCUUAUUGUACCUAUUUCAGAGCUCAGUAAAAUACGAGAGCUGUCCAGAGGAGAGAACGAGGCGGGAGAGAAAAAUCAAGUCAGUUUGGUGAAGGAUAAGGUCCAGCUGAAGAAGGCAAAUAAAGCGCAAUGCGCAAUUAUUGUCGAAAAAGUGAAUACUAGGCUCUUAGCCGAGUUUUACUACUUCCGGAACCCAGAAACUGUUGGAUUCUUCAGGUAAGUUAUUUUACUUCGGUUUCUUCGAAUUUUAGGUAAUAGAGCAGUUAAAAUCUAAAGUAUUCGGAUAAUAACGUGCAUAUUUGCAGACCAGACACUGCUGCUCAGAUUCUUCACAAUUCGGGGAUCAAGGCGGGCAGUAAGGUUUUGAUUUUUGAUCAAUGCUUUGGUGUAAUGACGACGUAUAUAGUGGAACGGCUAGGCGGAGAAGGAAGCUGUGUGGUGAUUCAUAAUGGAGUGUCGGCAUCGGGGAUCACAUGUUUUCAUAAUCGGCAGUUUCCUAAACAGGUAAGGUUUAAAAAUUAGGUUUUUUGAAAAUUUUAGGUGUAAAGCCAUGGAUAAUAUAAAUUCUUUGCCAAAAAGGCUGAAUUUGAGGCUUAUUUUGGUUGGAAUAUUUUGCGGAAUCUGUGUUCUUACUUUUUAGGCAGUCAGAAGUUGCCUUUGCUCUGAUUAUUGUCUAUUUACAGAUCAAAGAAACUCUGAUGACCCUACCUCUAAAAUCUCUUCUGAAACCUGAUCCUGAGGAUACAAUGGAAACCGAAAAUGCGGAAAAUGGGGAAGCAGAGGUCACAGAAGAAAAGCCUGAGAAGGUUCUUGAUGAAGCUGCCAGACAACGACAGGUACGGCCUCUUUUUUAUAUUAUCCUUGUUUAGGAAGAGGCAAUCGCCCGCGCCGAGGAGAAAAAAGCUCGUCAGGAGGAGGCGGUUCGUUGGUUUGACGGUGAAAUUGCUGGAUUUGGCCAAUACGACUCUCUUUUGGUGAUUUCGAAGAAUAUUUCGAUCGUGUCGGUCUUCGAAUUGGCAUUUAGAGCAGUUCGAACAAGCGGAACGGUGCUGGCGUAUUCUCCGUAUGAAGAGGUUCGUAACAUUUUUAUUGUGUUUUCAAGUCAUUUAGAGGAUUUUGAGAGAGAAAUUUGGACCACUUUCGCCUAGUACAAUAUAUUAUCCAUCAAAUUUUAGGAGAUGGUCAAAGCCAAAACCUAUCUGGACGCCCGAAAUUGCGUCAACACCGAAAUUCGCUCAACAAAAGUCCGAGAAAUCCAAGUCCUACCCAAAAGAACACAUCCAUUAAUGCAGCAGCUCGUGGUUGGCGGUUAUUUCAUAUCCACGAUCAAAGGAUACGACCCAAAACAGGUGUAA